AUGCAGGACUUUGCAGGGCCUGGUAUGUCCAGGAAGACCCUGAUUUUUGAAGGUUUUGCCCUGUUCUGGGGCUUGUUUUUUGGAAUACUUGUUACAAAAGUAUCAGUGAUGGCUUGUCCCGUGAGUUGUCUAUGCAUAGAGAAGAAUGGCUUUACAGUUGUUCAAUGUAUGUCUCGCAACCUGGAAAAGAUCCCACCAGAUCUUCCUAGAGAUACGGUCGUCCUGCUUUUAGCGGCCAACCACAUCACCCACAUCCCCAACUACGCCUUCAAAGAACUGCACUACCUUCAGGAACUGGACCUGUCCAACAAUGACAUAGAGACUGUGGACGUCGGAGCAUUUCAAGGCGUUUCCGACAGCCUCCUUGUGCUGGAUUUAUCAAACAACCACAUCCAAAGUGUCCCCAAAGAGGCGUUCGCUCGACUGCGAGCAAAAAUCAGCCUCUCGAACAACCCGUGGCACUGUGAGUGCACACUUCAGGAAGUCCUGAGGGAGCUGCGCCUGGACCCUGAGACGGUCAACGAGGUGGUCUGCCACACGGCGGUGCAGGAGGAGUAUGCGGGCAAACCGGUCAUCCAGGUGCUGGACUCAGGGAUCAACUUCUGCAACUUUCACCACAAGACCACGGAUGUAGCCAUGUUUGUCACCAUGUUCGGAUGGUUCACCAUGGUGAUCGCCUACGUUAUCUACUAUGUAAGACACAAUCAGGAGGACGCCAGGAGGCAUCUGGAGUACCUAAAGUCACUGCCCAGCAACUCUCAGAUCAGCAAGGACUUUGACACCAUCAGCACGGUUCUUUAG